AGUCUCAUAUGUUAGUUGCCAAGCAGUCUGUAUUAACGACGUACACUUCCUGUUGUUUCAGUGUACGAGAUCUGCGCGUCAAAGGCAAAAACACAAACGUACUUUACUUUCCCUGAUUCCAUUGCCAUUCCACCUCCUCGCGAAAUAAGUACUUUGUGCUUACAUUUACUGUAGCGUACUCAGAACAAAUGAGGGAGAACAAGUACUGGAAGCGUACAGAACUAGUGUCGCUUUGGUCGUCAUCUCGUCUCCUGCUGCGCUAAAAGUACCGGACUCGACAUCGAAGCCCUGCGGGGGCGGCAAGGAACAGGCGCUGUUUGGGUACUUAUCGAAUGUAGCCGCGACAGGUUUACUGAAGCUGGAGGACACCAGCGAGAUCCUCGUCUUGUGGAGCGCCGGCUGGUUUGGUGGUCCGCAACAUGGACCUCGCCUCCAACCCAUGCAAUGAAAUCCUGUAUAUCGCCUUCAACCAGGACCAGAGUUGUUUUGUCUGCGGCACGGAAAAUGGAUUCCGAGUGUAUCUAGUUCUUUUUGCACUUACCUAGUACCUUAAGAACCAUUUUUGCGCCGCUCGUUGUAUAUCAAUGUGUCGCAUAGGACAACAACAGGACACUCCUGUGCGCGGAUUUUUAUACACGGAGAAAUCAAGAAUACGACCGACCGGCGCAUGUGUAUCAAAGUUUUGCCAGUGCCGUCGAUACAUAGAGGAUCUGCUUGCUAUCCUGCCGAAAAACAGGUACAACACGGAUCCAUUCCGACUCACGUUUCGGCGGGAGUUCGAGGGCGGUGGGGGCCUCUGCAUCGUUGCGAUGCUGUUUCGGUGCAACAUCCUAGCACUGGUCGGUGGCGGCACGAAUCCAAGGUUCCAGCCGCACAAGGUGAUGAUUUGGGACGAUAAGACGCCGCGUUGUACUAUGCACCGCAAGAAACGAAUCGCUAUCGCACAUGUCGAUCAUUACAUCACAACAGGAGACACCUUGUUCCCCUGAGACGCAGCCAAAAGUUCGCAGCGAAAAUGCAGCUCGAGGACGAAGAUACAUCAGUAUUGCAUGAACGGAGCAGGACGUUGGUGCCUGUGUGGUGCAUUGCGUCCAUCUACUUAACGAUAAAACAUAAUUUUGCGGUCCAUACGCAUCGCCGAGCUCUCGUUCCGAAGUCAGGUGCGCCAGGUCAAGUUGCGGCGAGACAUCGUGCUUGUCCUCAUCGACCGAAAAGUGUAUAGUCUUUUACCAAAUUUAGUUUUGCGCCAAAUCCAAAUCUUCUCGAAAUACCCGUAAGCUUGAACUUGUUUUCGUUUUUGCUUACUUUUGCAAAACCCACAGGCCCAUCUACAUUCAGUUGUAACACGCGGCGAAUCAAUUUGGCGUUUUCGCUCUUCUUCACAUUUUUUCAGGACCCAAAUCUGCUGAAAAUCGUGCAGGGUCCGAAUUCGACUUCGAGUUGUGACAAAAAGCAAAAGGCUGUGAAUUCCUGUAUCAUUAUCUUUCAGGUACAUAUACCGUUUCAGCGACCUGACCCUGAUUGACCAUAUAGAAACGUUUCCCAACCCACGAGGGCUCUGUACGCUGUCCGCAAGUCAAGACAGAACGGUGCUCGCCUGUCCCGGGGUGCAAAAGGGCAAAAUACUCGUGGUGUUCUACGACAUAUCCACGUGUGCAGAUGGAUGGGUUUAUUGGGCUGCCGCUGCAGGCAUUUGCAUUCUCAGUUCUGUGUCCAACGCACGGUUUGGACCAGGACCACUGCACACUGCAGUCUGCACUGCAGAUUUCUCUUCAAGAUUGAUAGAAUCAGACGACAAGAGAUCUGCAAUAGGAGCUGCUCCUUCUGGUGGUACUGAUACUAGUAAGUACUAUUGCCGUGCGACACGGUGUGACCGUUUUCGUGCAUGCGACCAUUGAUAUUGCUGAUGGAUGCAGACCUGGCCGGCCUCGACGGCCGCAAAGUGCCACGGAAAUUUUAUUGCAGCUCUCGCUCCCUGCAACCCAGACAGCGUUCCAAUGCAUACGGGCAGCAGAAAAUACAGAGUGCUCAGUCUGGACUAGCCACGAAUAAUCAGGAACAAAAAGAAGGAGGUAACGAAGCGAAUAGUACAUCUUUCAUCUUGUGUUAUCCGCAUGCCAAUAGGUCAUGUCGAUCUAGCCGUAAUUUUACUUCUGAAUUUGGAUGCGAUUCUUUAUUGUGCCCUGUUACCACUAGGCGUAGGCACUUGCACACGUUAUUGAAAUUGAUGGUUUUCUACUUUUCGAGUUUAUAAAACAUGGAAAAAUAAGUUGUCGUGAACUACAAAGCCGAAAAAUGGAGCUGUACAUGCGUAUUGCUUAGCAAUGAACAAUGUAUCCGCAAAUAAAAAAAUCAAGGUGGGGACUUUACUCGAAUGCAGAAUUGCAGAGAAAAGACCACGCUCAUAACGGCGCACGAGUCGAAAGUCUCUCAACUGUCCCUGAAUUUCGAAGGCACGCUCGUUGCAAGCGCCAGUGACAAGGGAACACUGAUUCGAAUGUAUAUGUCGCAUUUCCUCAGAAGAUUUUCAUUUUUCUCUUGCUCGUGGUUAUUUCACGGACGUACUAGAAAUAGGAGAAUGCUUGUUGAUUGAGUUUACUCAGCUGUGGUUUCUUGCUGCAUCGAGGCAAAGUCAAAGAGGUUUCCAUCUACUUGACCGCGGAAACAAAUGAAAGACCUCUGAUUUUGUUGAAACGGUGAUAGGGACAAUAGCUGUAUCAUGAUGAGUACAUCUACUUUAAAAAAGUCAGUGAAAAAUAUCCACUACCCAGAUUCGAUGCGGAAACCGGAGGUCUUCUUCAGGAGUUGCGACGUGGUGUCGACCGCGCGGACAUACAGUGCAUAACGUUUAGUCAGAACAGCCAAUGGGUAGUGGUGAGCUCUGACAAGGGAACGAUACACGUUUUCGCAGUGAUGCAGAGUCACAGCGCGGCCGGCGACCCGAAUCUAGACCUCAAUCUGUCCCUUGCCAAUCGACGCAGUAAUUUUAGCUUUCUCGGCCUCAGCUACUUCUCUUCCGAGUGGAGCUUCGCCCAAUUUCGUGUGCAGGACUACCGGAGCCUCGUCUGUUUUGGAAGCGACCCAAACACCGUCAUAGUUGCCUGUGCAAACAUAUCCACGAGACAAGACACAGACAUCACGACUGGGGCCUCGUUGUAAGUAUGGCUGGGACACAGGAAAAUAAAAUGCGCCCUCUAUUGUAGUUGUAAGAAGUACGAGAACAGAGGCAGACGCGGCAGCAAGAAUUGCCAAAAAUGAGCAGCCCUUUUCAGCAUGUCGUUCUAUCUCCUGGUGAUGCAAUGUUUCUGCCUCCACCCAAGUGAGCAGCAUUUGGGUCACUCUGAGGAUACAACAAAAGAAAGUGCCACAGUUGUGAUGUUGUUUUUGGCGCAAUAAAGCGGGUACAGCUGCUCUGUCUACCUUCGAAAAAUGGAUUACGCGGCUUCAUCAUUCUCAGAGCUUUAAUAUCAGCAACUCACCUGCUCACUACAAAGAACAAGAAUUUCAAAAUCAGUACAAAGUGAGUGGCGUGGCGCAGCUUGCAGUUUUAUUAGUGAUUUUUUCGGGUGGUCGCAGGCACUUUCACCGAGAUAUCUUUCUAGAAGAAAAGGACUAUCUACACAUCUUUCAUAGUGUCAAUGUUGUAAGCUGCACACGACAGUACUAUGUAUCACCGCAACGAUGCGAACCUAUGAUCAUGCACAUGAUAAAGAUGCAGGAAAAUCAUUGUUCAGGUCAUAUUUCAAGUGCCGGUUCGAUCCGGUGAACGGUGGAGAGAUGCAGCGCGAGGACUACAAGACCUUCUCCGCGACGGACGAUGACUAGCUGUUUUUUUUCGCAAGCGCAACGCAAUUUUAGCAUCAUUGUGCACGAUCUUCCACCAAGGUUUUAUUGUCAACGCAGUUGUAUGCGACCCAGAGCUGCACAACAGUUGUCACAAGUAGUCUUGUGGCGGAAAUAGUACUGGACCCAGAAAACAACUUUGCAUUUAUUUUACAGAAUCAGAAUCAGCAAUGGAAAAUAACUCUAUGUUCAAGCGGACAAUGAUACGUCGUCCAAAUCAUUGGCAUUUCGUCUAUUUUGUUACGGAGCAAGCGAGAAGAAUAAGUAAGCGGAGAUUUUUUUGUAUUCGCUGCAACGACGCGGUGAAUGUGAAUCGAAGACGCAUGGUGUUGCGGACCACGUCGCCAUUUCAAAAAUGUAGCGAUGCACAACAAGGAAGUCCUCUUCUGGUUCCGUCCGAUCGAACGGGAAAACAUCCAAUUGGUGGACGAAAGAAACUUCCAAAAUCAAAGAAAAAGUCGAUUGCGUAGUACCGCCCACUGUGCCGUGUAUGUAGCCGACAUUUUUGAAUAU